AUAAUUUUAAAUGUGCAUAUACAUAAAAAUUUCUUUUAUAUAUUAUUUUAUAUAAAAAAUAAAUGAAUCGGAAAUAACUUUAUUUCCCGCCAAUUUUUGAUGACGCCAUAUUGGCUACCCUGUCUUGUUCAGUGUCAAAGUGAUUCGAAGUUUGAAAAAGUGUUUCGAACGUGUUUUACUUUAAAAAGUAAUAGUUUUAAUAUUAAAAAGUGUUUUUCGUACUAAUAUUUCUAUAAAUUCUAACAUUAUGCCGCAAGAAAUGAAUAUUUUACGCUGCUCUUCAUGUAAAACAUAUCAAGUCCAUAUAAUAAAAAAAGCGAAAAAAUGGCAGUGUAAAAUAUGUAACUUCAAGCAGAUAUUUAAACAGGUUUAUUUUAAAGGCUCAGGAAAAGAUUGUCGUGUUUUUGUUCAAAAAUUAAAUCUUAUGAAAGAACAUGAGGUUGAGAAAAUUGCAAAAUCUUUUGAUGAAUGCAAUUAUAAUAUUAAUGAUAAUUACACGAGUACUUAUCCUGAGCAACUAAAAUUAAAAGUUAGUGAGAAUAAGUGGGCAAAAUAUUUGGAUUCAACCGAAGAGAUUGAAUCUAAUAUUUUCAAAGCUUCAACUAGUAAAAAUAUUAAGUACAAUGAAAAUGAUAAAAUUCAUCUUAAUCAUGAUGAUAUAAUAAAAUCCUCACAAAAUGAAUCUAUAAAAUCAGAUAGGGAUCUUUCUGAUGAAAGUGAUUGUACACAAAAUUUUGUCAAUGAUAAUGAAGAAGAUUAUGACAAUUUUACACCAAAGGAAAUAGAUAAUAGUAAAAAUAAUGAUUUCCAUAGCAAAAAUAUUACUGAAAUUAAAUGUAAAGAAAAUAUUUUUGAUGAUAAUGAAGAUUUUGACAUUUCAAUUGAUUUCUAA